GGCAACGGGGGGGGAGGGGGGGGGAUGCCGCGCUGGCGACGGGCUCGGGUCUGGGAGCCGGCUGAGGGAUGCGGGUGGGUGGUGGCCAGGAUGGGGGUGGGCUGAUGCGCUCGCAUCCGAAGCCGCAGUUCCCGAAGGCAUCUCUCAGCUGUCGGCAGCAUCCCGGUGGUGAGGGGCCGCUCUGCCCCGACCCCGUCCUGCGGCACCAUGGCGGGGAGCGCUGAGAUGGCAUCGCUGGAGGAGAGCUUCCGCAAGUUCGCCAUCUAUGGUGACACCAAGGCCACGGGGCAGGAGAUGAAUGGGAAGAACUGGGCCAAGCUGUGCAAGGACUGCAAAGUCAUCGACGGCAAAAGUGUCACCGGCACCGACGUGGACAUUGUGUUCUCCAAGGUGAAAGGGAAGACAGCCCGCGUCAUCAACUACGAGGAGUUCAAGAAGGCCCUGGAGGAGCUGGCCCCGAAGCGCUUUAAGGACAAGGGCAAGGAGGAGGCGUACGAGGCCAUCUGCCAGCUGGUGGCUGGGAAGGAGCCCAUUAAUGUGGGCGUCACGAAAGCCAAGAAUGUGGGCGCCGUGGAGCGGCUGACGGACACCUCCAAGUACACGGGGUCACACAAGGAGCGCUUCGACGAGACGGGCAAAGGCAAGGGGAAGAGCGGGCGGGAGAACAUCGUGGACAACAGCGGCUACGUCAGCGCCUACAAGAACGCGGGCACCUACGAUGCCAAAGUGAAAAAGUAGGGACUGCCCCACGCGCUCACCGCCUUCGGUCACGUCGGCCUCGGGACACGGCCGCAGGGCCUGGGAGGCUGCACCGGGGCCAGCCCCAUGCUGGCGGGAUGUCGGAUGCUUCGGGCGAGCGGCCGGGCUCCGUCUCAGCGCCGCGUCCGUCCUUCGUGCAUCACCCCCCGCCUCUGCAGCGCUGCUCCAUGGGGUGCCCUGCCGGCACCUCGGCCCUCCCUACCUCAGGCCCUGCGGGACCGCAGCCCACCCUCCCCAUCCCUGGCGUCGCAGCCUUCCCAUCUCCCCGUUGGGAUGCCGCUUGCCAUGGGUCCCAUCGCCCAGCACAGCUCCCAGAAUGGGGUCCCAACCACCACCAAAGGUCCCUGAGCCCCCAUCUCUGCACCCACGUGGGCUCCCACUGCCCCCAAGGAGCCUGAACCAAAGGAUGCCGCAGCCCCGCGCUGUCACCCCGCAAUAAAGCCCCCUCCGCACUGAC